AUGGCAUCAAGUGAAGGGAAGAUUAUGGAGACUGUUCAAGAAGAAGGAGGUCAGGAUAUUACAGAGGAAGAUAGGAAAUUGCUUGAAGCAUUUAAGAAGCUUGAUGUUAAGCCUGAAAUUGAAAAUACAGAAGACUUAAUCAAAUUUAUGUCCACAUAUAGAUGUCGGGAAAAGGCUGAAGAUAGGUAUAGGUCAGCUGAUACUUUAAGAUAUGUUGAGGACAGAAGACACUUUGAAGACAGAAGACACUUUGAAGACAGAAGAACCUUUGAGGAAAGAAGAUAUGGGGAUGACAGAACCUUCAAUAGUAGUAGCUACCCCAGGAUAUCAACCUUUGGAGGGGUUAGUGGAAAAGGAGAAGCCAGUUGGGAGAGUUUCAAGUUUGAAGUUCAGUCUUUGAUGGCUGAUAGGAUAUUCAGAGAAGAGCAAAUAUUAUUUGGAAUAAGAAAGGCUGCCAAAGAAGAUGUGGCUGACAUAUUAAGACGACUAGGAACAAAGGUUACAGUGAAUGAAGUUAUGUGGAAGCUGGAGAGUACAUAUGGAAAUGUUGAAACGAAGGAAACUAUUCUAAGAAAGUUUUACAAUUGUUCCCAGCAACCUGCAGAGUCCAUUGCAUCAUUUACUUCUAAGCUUGAAGACUUGUACGACAAGGCAGUUUCUUUGGGGGGUAUUAAGAAGGAUGACAAUAUAAUUAAAGGGGUCUUAUACCAAGGAUUGAAGAAGGAACUCAGGCAGCAGGCAGCUUACAAGUUUGAAACAGAACAUGAUUAUGACGCCUUUAAAAUCUAUCUAAGAAAGAUGGAGUCUGAAGAUAGAGAGGAGAAAAGAGAGACAACAAAGCCAGCCAACCCUGCGGUAAAUACAACAGCACCAGAAUUGACUGAAGUCCUGUCACAACUCAAAAGGUUGAAUGAAAGAAUCGAUAGAUUAGAAAGAGAGAAAGUAACAGGUCAGUCAGAGAACCAGUACACACCAUUUAUCAGCAGAGUCGCCGGGUCGGAGAGGAGCACACCAGAGACUAAGAAAGACCCUCAACUAGUUGGAGAUGUGAAUGAAGUCAACCUGAAUAUUAACAACAAUACAACCACAGCUCUUUUGGACACUGGAUCAUGCAAGAUUACCAUAGGACCAAAUCAAACCAAACAUAUACCAGUGACAGCUUAUAGAAAACUACCAUACAGUGAAUGUAAUGCAUUGAUAUCAGAGAUAGGAGAUUCAUCACUUCCUGACUUCAUUGACAUCGGACCAGCUCUCGUGAAUUAUGACUUUAAGAAGAAUGAGUAUGUAGUGGAGUUAUCUAACGUCACCUAUAAUACAGUUACAAUAGCACCCAGAGCCAUCAUUGCAGAGCUACAGCCAGUUGACAUUGAAGAUGAUACAACAAGGAGACACCUGAAGGAAGAGGAAGAUUUGAAGAGAAGACAAGAGGCAUUGAUAGAAAGCUUGGACAUCGACAAAGACAACAUUUUAACACCUGAACAAAGAGAACAAUUAAAAACACUUCUUCAAAAACACAAGGAUUUAUUUUCAACUUCUGACACAGAUAUAGGAACGUGUACGAAAACCAAACAUAGAAUAAAUCUACAUGACGAAACGCCAUUUAAAACGAGACAUCGCAGGAUACCACCUAACAUGGUUGAAGAGGUUAGAGCACAUCUGGAACAGUUACUUUCAUGCGGUAUAAUAACACCAUCCAAAUCUCCAUGGGCAUCACCAGUAGUUCUUGUUAGGAAGAAGAAUGGAACACUCAGAAUGUGUAUAGACUUUAGAAAUCUUAAUGCCAAGACUAUUAAAGACUCCUAUGCCCUUCCCAGAAUAGAAGACGUUUUUGAUUGUUUACAGGGGGCGAUAAGAUUUAUUCAAGACUUUAGCAAAAUUACGAGACCGUUGAAUGAUCUGUUACCACCAACCAAAGCAAAGAAGGGACAGAAGAAACCACUGAAGGAAUGGAAAUGGACAGACACUGAAGAAGAUAUAUUUACUAAUCUGAAAGAAUUUCUGUCUACACCUCCAGUUCUGGCAUAUCCAGAUUUCAACUUACCGUUUGAAGUACACACGGAUGCAUCAGCGAAAUUAGACGCAACAGGGCAAAGGUGGGCAUCAGAUUUGGGCAAUUACAACUUUGACAUCAUAUACAGGGCAGGCAGAAACAACACAGAUGCAGAUGCACUCAGCAGAUAUCCUCACCACAAAAUCAUAGACCAACAACAACAUGAAAACAUCAAAAUAGACAACAGCACAGUGAAAACAAUUUGCAAGUACAUAACACCAGCACUCAUUGACACACUACCAGCAUUGUCACUCAACAUCAUAGAAGCUACAGAAACACCAAUGCAACCUAUAGCACAGCUUGAAUUAAGAGAAAUUAGGAAAGCACAGAGACAAGAUCAAUUAAUUGAAAAGUGGAGAAUAGCAACUAUAGACAAGACCCUACCCCAAUUUAAUACUCUACCUGGAGAUAUCAUAAUGAAAAAGAACUUUGAAAACUUUAUCAUAAAGAGAGGCAUUCUGUACAGGAAUUUACAUGAGAAUGAAGAGAUUAUUGAACAACUCGUUAUACCAAACUGCUAUAAGAGAGAAAUACUAGAAGGAUUUCAUGACGACUGUGGUCACCCUGGAAGAGAUAGGACACUAAGAUUACUGAGAGAACGCUAUUUUUGGCCAGGAAUUACAACAGAUGUGGAGAAACAUGUCACAGGAUGUAAUCGAUGUUUAAGGAGAAAGACAACAGUGAAUACAAGGGCACCAAUGAUUAAUGUGAAUACAACUUAUCCAUUAGAAUUAGUGUGCUUUGACUUUCUGUCAGUUGAACCAUCUAAAGGACAUAGUAACAUCCUAGUGAUAACGGAUCAUUAUACCAAAUUUGCCAUGGCCAUUCCGACAAAGAACCAGACAGCGAAAACAACCGCCGAAGCCUUUUAUAACAAUUUUGUUGUUCAGUAUGGUAUUCCAACAACUUUACACUCUGACCAAGGAGCCAAUUUCGAAUCACAGAUAAUCAAAGAGCUCUGCAAAUUAACCAAUACAAAGAAAACUCAUACUUCUAUUUACCAUCCUCAAGGAAACGGAACUCCAGAAAGAUUUAAUAGAACAUUACUAGGCAUGCUUGGAACAUUAGAGAAUGAUCAGAAGAAACAUUGGACUGAUUACAUUAAGCAUCUGGUAUUUUGCUACAAUUGUACUCCACACGAAUCGACAAGAGUAUCACCUUUCGAAUUAAUGUUCGGACGUAAAGCAAAAUUACCCAUGGACACCAAGUUUGAACAAGUAACAUCAGAAUUCAAGACCAAAGAAACCAAAGAUUACAUUGAACAUUUAAAGAUGAGAAUGAAGAGGACAAGAGACAUAGUUGAACAGUAUGUAGAAAAUGCCAAAGGUAAGCAAAAGAAGUAUUAUGACAUGAAAGCUCGAGCAGCAAGAGUUCAAGUAGGGGAUAAGGUUCUUGUAAAAAUCCUAUCCCAUACUGAAGGAAAACACAAACUGGUAGAUAAGUUUGAAGAGGAAGUUUUUACUGUCCUAGAACAAGUAAAUGACCAUAUACCAGUCUAUCGUGUCAGGUCAGAAUCAGGUAAGGAGAAAACUCUGCACAGGAAUCAUCUGCGCCUGUUGGUUAAUCAGGAUGAAGCAGAAGAGUUCCGGGAUAAUCAGGAGACUACUUCAGGUAACAGCAUACCUGUAGACGUAGCAGAAGAAGAAGUAGAAGAAUUAUCAGACAAGAAGACCAUGGAUGCAUCCAAAGAAGUAGAAAAGAUGGAAGACGAUGAUGAGGAUGAGUCUGAUGCAGGAGAUCUUGUAUAUUUUUCAAGAGGUGGGGACGCCCAUAUCCUAGCUGACGACAUAGAUAUGUCUAGAGAAGAAUCAAGGACGGAAAACAUAGAUAUGUCUACAGAAGAAUCGAGGAUAGAAGACAGAGAUGAUAUUUCUAGUGAAGUUCCCGGAGAACAACGAAACGAAGAUAGGGAAGAAUUAAUACAAGCAGAGGAUAGAGUAGAUGACGUUGUUGAAGAUGUUCCUGAAUCUACAGCAGGGAAUGAAGAAGAGAACAACGAAGAAGAGAUGCCUGAAAACGUACCUCAUCAAGUAGAUUUGUCGCAAGAAGCUGACAUUACUGAAGAACCAGACAUUACUGAAUACCCUAUACAAGAUCAAGAUAAUAAUAAUCAAGAAGAAAUUGAAGUCCCUAUAGAAAUGGAUGAAGCACAACCGAUAAGGACAGAGACAUCUACAUCGGAUACUAGAGCUCCAACACCAAAACCAAGACAAUCUGUCAGAGAGAGACGACCUCCAGAUCGGUAUAAGGAUUACCAGAUGAAUGCUUGUGUGGUACCAAGACCACAAGAUGCCAGGUUUGAGGCAUUAAAUAAAUUGAUUGUCUCAGGUGUUUUAAAUCAAUUAGACAGUAAGACAGCUGGACGUAUGGUUUCUAGUAUUUUUCAGUGAAAUUUUCAUUAAAAAUUUGUUUUAACAUAUUUUAAACAAUAUUGUGUAUGUAUUUUGUGUGUAUUUUAUAUCAGAUGUUGUUUUUUUUUUUUUGCAAAGUUCGGGCAGUAUUAUUCUGAUUAAUAAUUAUCAGAAAGAGUUAUCUCUGAAAUAAAUUUCAGUGAGUUUUCAUGCGAGUGACGUGAUGUUAUUUUUGUAACUUUCUUAUUAACAAUGUGAAUUGCUGAUAUUGCAUAUAGUAUCAAUUGAUUUUUUUAAUGUAUUAUUUUAAUGUGAGGACACAGUUCUGAAGAGCAGGAGGAAAAGAGUCAGAAUCAUAUUUAUACAUUUAUGUAAGGUAAGUAUGUAUCAGUUAUUCAGUAGUAUAACUAGUGGAUGUAGUUUCGAUAAAGUAUGUUGUUCUUGCUUGUACAAUGCUGUUAUUAUAAACAGUAUAGUGAGAUAGAUAGGUAUUGUAUCUAUUUUGUAUAGAAAGGUUAUUUGUUGACGGACGAUUCUGUUUUUACUGUGACAUGACAAUUUUGUUUUCUUCUUGGUUUGUUAUGAUGAGGACAUCAUUUUUCGGGCCAGGGAAGUCUGUAACAGGGUUGAAAUAUUCAUUUCACGGAUUCUGUUCAUGUGUUCUGUUUUAAAUGUUAUUAUUUCCAUAUAACGCAUUGUGUUUACCUGGGUUACUUAUUAAGCUGUGCUCCUGUGGCCAGUCUUAGAGUUAAAGUCAGUCAAGCAUGUGAGUUACACAUGUCCAGUUUAUAUAAUUGUUCAGUCAGGCUUGACCAGUUAUUUUCCCGCCCUUUCCUUUGUCUUCUGGGCACUUCUAACUUGAACACAGAGCUGUACACAUCUACUUUUAAGAUGUACAUUUAUAGUACAGAGUUGCCAUUACUUCAAUAUAAGGUUAGUUCUAUUUCUACCUGUUUGCAUUUACUCUUUCUUGUAUUUGCAUUGAGUUGUAUUUAUGUUGUGAGUUGAUAUAACUCAUAUUUGAUAAGUAAUUAGGUUAAAUUCAGAAAAGCAGCAUUGCCAUCCUAAACGUGCUAACGAUUCCUAUAAUUCACAGUUUCCCAUACUCUUCACAUGUAUAAUCUUAUUUGCAGCAGUAGCACAACACCCGCAGAGAAUUGUAUAAGAUUGAGAGAGAGUUCCGUACACAUUCCACAAAUGUGACAUGGAAUUCGUAUAAUAAUAAAGACGAAUACAACAUAUAUUCGGGUGGUUAUUUUGAGCCGGGUACUGCCCGUUUAUA